GUGAGUCAUGCGCAAAGUCCAGCUGACCAAUCAGCGCUCAGGAUCGACUCCAGGAAACGCAGUCGGUCUCCAGCACCUGCUCAGACUGAAGUUGGACAAACAGCUGCUACAGCUGAGACAACCUCUGGCUUUCUGAUCCGGACAGUGGGCGCACAGCAGCGAUGGUUUGCGGAGGAUUCAUUUGCACCAAGAACGCGCUUUCUGCGCUCAACGUCGUUUAUAUUAUGGUGAGUCUGCUGAUGAUCGGGGUGGCUGCCUGGGGGAAAUGGUUCGGCCUGGUCUCCAGCAUCAGCGUGGUGGCGGCCGUCAUCGGCGUGGGCGUCUUCCUGCUGCUGGUGGCCUUCGUGGGGCUUUGCGGCGCCCUGAAGCACCAGCAGGUGCUGCUCUUCUUCUACAUGAUGAUCCUGUUUGUAGUGUUUGUGAUGCAGUUCUCCAUCUCCUGCGCCUGUCUGGCUCUCAACACGGACCAACAGAACCAGCUGCUGGAGGUCGGCUGGAACAAGUCCGAAGUGACCCGGGAAGACGUGGAGAAAUCUCUGAACUGCUGCGGCUUCUCUUCUGUGAACCAAAGCGUCUCCUGCCCCGCCCGAUGCUUCGCCAACCCAGAGUCCUGCAGGACCUGCUCACAGAUCCUGCAGGAGUACGCCGGCCAGGUGCUGCGCUUUGUGGGCGGCAUCGGCCUCUUCUUCAGCUUCACCGAGAUUCUUGGCGUGUGGCUGACCCAUAAGUACAGGAACCUGAAGGACCCUCGAUCGAAUCCCGGGGCCUUUCUCUAGCCGCUCUGACCCAAGUGAACCCAACAUGCUGCGAUUCCUGUGGCGCCCUCUGUGGAGAUGUUUGUCUAAAUGUGUUUAAUUUGAUUCACUGCAGGAUCUGUUGCAUCCAUGUGGUUUCUGUCUCCUGCAUAAUGUCACUAUCAGUCUCUAUUUAAGCUCGUCGUCGUUUUUUCUGUUGGAGUUUAAAGUGGAAAUGAAGUUUGUCCAAUAAAUUCCUCUGAAAGCAGUGAAAUGUAUUUUCUCUGCAGGUUUUUAAAGUGAUUUGUUGUUUAAAACUGUGAAGGAAUAAAUGAAGAACUAAA